AAACACGACACGAACAAAAACAAUACUAUUAAGACUCUUCAGAGAAAAAUAUAAGAAAAAAGGAAAAGAUAUUUAGAGAGAGAAAGUGAGUGUGUGUGUGUGUGUGUUUGUUUCCGUGUUUUCUUCAUAUUCGCCCAACACAUCACAUUCACAAAUCCUAAUUCAAAGGGAUUUCCCCCAAAUCUUCGAUCGGAGAAUUUUAGGGUUUCUAUUUCUCACCUGAUUUUCCCCCAAUUUUCUCCUUAAUUCUUCCCAAUUUCCCUUAUGUUAUUCCGAUUUGUUACAUUGCCGCCGCUUCCUUCGCGCCACUUCAGAAACAAAUUCUGAAGUUUGUUUUACUGAGAAUUUUGUGGUAUUGUAAACCUAAUUUUUAUGAUUAUGAGGAAGAAAAGGAAAGGAAGUGAGACUGAUGCAUCUACGGAUCUGGGUGGUGUUGUUUUACCUUUGGAUCAUGGUUCUGUUGCUUCGUCGAUUUUGAAGUCUCAUUAUUCGUUAGAAGAUUGUUGUAGAUUGAAGAAAAGGUGUAAAGAAGAUGAUGCUAGUGAGUCUCGGGGUUCGUUUAAAAGUAGGCUUGCUGGCAUUGCUACUGCUCCGCCUUGUGGAACUUCGUCUUUGAUUACUUCGACUAGAGGUCUUAAGAGGAAGAUAGGUUGUAUUGAUGUUGCUACUCAGAUGGGUAGGAAGAAGAAGCUUGAUGAUGAUUAUGUUUCUGGUGAAUCGAUCGGGCAAGGAAAAUUUGGAUCGGUUUAUUUGUGUAGGUCUAAGGUUAGUGGAGCUGAAUAUGCAUGUAAAACUUUGAGAAAGGGGGAAGAGACGGUUCAUCGAGAGGUUGAGAUAAUGCAACAUUUGUCUGGACAUUCUGGGGUUGUGACAUUGCAAGCAGUUUAUGAAGAAGCGGAAAGUUUUCAUCUUGUCAUGGAAUUGUGCUCUGGGGGACGACUGAUUGAUCAAAUGGUCAAGGACGGUCCGUAUUCGGAACAGCGGGCUGCUAACAUAUUAAAGGAAGUUAUGUUAGUCAUCAAGUACUGCCAUGACAUGGGAGUUGUGCAUAGAGAUAUCAAACCUGAGAACAUUCUGCUCACAAAAUCAGGAAAAUUAAAGCUUGCAGAUUUUGGACUCGCCAUGAGAAUUUCAGAAGGUCAAAACUUGACUGGAUUGGCUGGAAGCCCUGCAUAUGUUGCCCCCGAAGUAUUGUUGGGCAAAUACUCUGAGAAGGUUGAUAUAUGGAGUGCUGGAGUGCUCCUGCAUGCUCUAUUAGCUGGCUCUCUUCCAUUUCAGGGAGAUUCAUUGGAAGCUGUUUUUGAGGCUAUUAAGACUGUCAAAUUAGAUUUCCAAGCAGGGAUGUGGGAAUCAAUUUCUAAACCUGCACGAGAUCUUAUUGGGAGAAUGCUGACAAGGGAUACUUCUGCAAGGAUAUCAGCUGAUGAAGUACUAAGGCAUCCAUGGAUUUUGUUCUACACCGCCCAAUCAAUGACAAUGCUGCCCAUCAAAACAAAAUUGAAGAAUCAAAUUGGUUCCACAAGCAAACAGGUUGUCGCCGCACCAGAACCUAAGUUUGCUAGAAAGACGAUAGAUAAUGGCUCACUUAGCGAGCUUUUAUCUUCGGAAAGUUGCAAUUCAGAUGAUCCAGAUGAAUGUGUGUUGAUUGAUGCACUUGCCACUGCAAUUUCACAUGUGAGGAUAUCUGAACCAAAGAGGAGCAGGUUGUGUAGUCCCACUGGUCCCAUAGUUCAGCAAGGUUCAUCUAACAUGAAGGCUAACAACCUCUGUAAAGCAUUUUGACAUAACGACAGGCUGACACCACUACACACUGCCUUUAUUAUUUUAGCUGUUGGCAGAAGUGGAUUUUUACUUGCUGACAUCCCAUGUUAGGUUGGCCUGGAUCUUCUUGGAGUUCCUUUUUAGUGUAAGAUAUAAUUGCAAUUCUCUUUUUUGUCCUAUUUCACGUUAACCCAAUAAUAGUUUGACUGACAAGUGAAAUAAUUGUACAGCCUAUGUAAAUAGCAAGUUAAUCUAUUGCUUCCAUGUUCUUGAGAAAUAGAAUGUGAGUGAUUUCAGUUAA